CGUUAUCUGUGCGGUCACGCUGGUUACUAAUCCGAUUUCGUUUUGAGAAUUGUUUUAUUUAUUGCUUUAAUACUAAACUCUCUUUAACCGUAAUGCGCGGCACUCCGCUUUGUUUUCCCUGUGGCACAUAGUAGCUGGUGAGCCAGUACACUAAAUUUAAUUGUGUAAUUUACUCUAAAUAAAUACCUGUGGAGUCGAUGGUAUAUAUUUAGCCAUCAAGUGAGCUAGAUUAGCCUUAUUCCCAAAGUACAAAAAUGCCUUUAAAGUUUUUGAAAAAAUGUCGACAAUACAAUGUUACAUCUAAAAGUUUAUUUGUUAUAUCAGUGCAUCACCUGCUGGACUCCUCCAGCACGGUGGACUGUACGAUCAGCUCUGAGAGUAAGGGACAAGAGUGUCUUGACAACGUUUGCCAGCGUCUUCUGAUCCAACAACCGGAGUUCUUUGGACUGCGCUACUUGGUCAAGGGAAAGGAUAAGGAGGACGAUUUAAAAUGGAUCGAACUGGAACGCUCGCUCAGCCGGCAGCUGGAGAAGUACUCAGCUGGGCCCAGGAUAUUCUUGCGGGUGCGACACUACGUAACCACGGGAGUGCGACACCUGAGCGACGAGGCAACACGCUUUUACUACUUCCUACAGCUAAAGAGUGACAUCUAUGAAGGUCGCAUAGCUUGCGAUAUCCGGACAGCCAUACAGUUGGCGCUCUACUGCCGGCAGGCGGAGUACGACAUCUACCAGGGAGACAAACAGAGCAAAGACUAUCUAAAGAAGUCGCUAGUCCUGCCGCGUAACAUGCAGGGCUUGGCCAACGACGACAGCAUGCUGGAGGGUCUAAUCGAGGAAGUUCUGCAGCAACAGGAGGGAAUUUCUCAUCUGGGUCAGAGCCAAGCUGAGGAGAUGUACAUACAGUGCUGCCAACAGCUGGACCGGUAUGGGGAAGAGAGCUUCGCUGCCAAGGACACACUCGGCAACGAUGUGCUACUUGGUCUCGCCAUUAACGGGUUGGUGGUAAGCACAGACAACGGGCGGCAGUAUUUUCCUUGGAAGGACUUUCACACGGUUACUAUUGACAAGCGAACAAUCAAGAUCGAGCAAAGUAAGCUAGAUAGCGGUGGCAGUAUUGUGGGAAGCUUUAUUUUUGGCGAGGCGGACACGGCCCGAUACUUCUGGAAGCUCACUAUCAGCCAGCAUAAGUUCUUUAAACGCCAUAUCGACACCGCUACACCCUCGAGCUUGGGAAGUGGCGCAGACGUAGAAAGCGCUCAGUUAAGGGUGGAUUGUGUUGGUUUCAUCGAGUAUGACUGCGCUGACUCAGCAGUUGCCGAAAAUAUGCAACCGCAACAACAGCAGCAACACACUGAGCAGAAGCAAUCUAAUCAAAAGCAUCAGUUAAUUUCUUCCAACAUUUCUCUGGUUGCUAAUGCCAAUCAGUUGUUGGGGCAAAGCAGUUCCUGCCUAGAUCUGAGCCACAACAACCUUCACAGUAGCAAUGGCUUCCUUCAUCACGGAAGUAGCAAUAAUAACAGUGAGGAACGGGAGCGCCUUAAGGCUAUGCUGCCCACAUAUCGGCCUGCGCCGGACUACGAGACAGCAGUCCAACUGAAGUACAGCACUCCUUCAGCUGAUUUCCACAACCUGACUUUGGCAUUGGCCGAGCCCGGCAAUGCGUACCAUGCGGGCUCCCAGCCAGAUGUUCAUAAUACGGGUGUGCACAGCAAUAACUUGUAUAGUUACCUUACUGCACAUCGCUAUCCAGACGUAGCUCAGCCGGCAGCUGCUUUUCACCAUCACAUAAAUUUCUUUCACACUCAGCAUCAACCGCAGUCACAUCCACAGCCUAUGAGCCCGGCUCAGGCGUAUCAGGAGCUCUCACAACGAAUGCAUAUAAUACGACCUAAGGCGCCCCCGCCGUAUGUGAAUCGGCUUAGCUCCUCAUCGACUCCUGACCUUGCUGUGGCUACACCCCGUCCGAUGCAAGCGUAUCGCAAUUCUGUAAGUGGCUCCUCCCCGGAUUUAGUCUCCAACCGCACCGUCAUCAAUGGAGGACAGAUAGUAGCUUUAGCCGCUGGCGGACAUGCUGGCCACAUUCCCACAUCCUCCGGAGCCAGCAUGAUGCACAAAUACCAGCAUGUGAGCCACAUGGGAAACUCGCAGCCCUACAUACCACCGCAUAACACUUUCGAUAACCUGAACAUGAUCGAGGAGAAGCCGUCCAUUAUGUCACAACUCCGUCAGUCGGCAAUGAGCCAGGCAGCUACUGUAGUUGCAGGAAACGUUAGUACCCAAAGUGCACCUUCCCUGCCGCGAAGUGGAUACCGCAGUCCUGUACUACCAUCCAGUAGUCCGUUGCCACCGCCAAUUGUUGCUUCUAUCCAAAAAUCGGCCACCACCGAUCCCCUUGAGAGAUGCUUGAUAACCGGGUCCAUUGAGCCCAUCUACGAAAACGUACCCCUACCUCAACGCGCCUCUCUUGGCAGUAAAGAAGUAGCUGAAGUCGUGCAUCAGAGAGCCUCGUCAAUACAGUCUACUAAUAUUCCUCCUGUUUCGUGUUUUCGGAAGAGCAGCAUCAAUAACUUAGUCCCUGUUAAUAUAAAUUCCCAGGAUGAAGAUGGAAACUUACAAAUGUACGGGGCGAACCUGACUGCAAGCACGGAGCUGCUAAUCGGGGAGCCGCAAGCACCUAAGCGCUCAACCAGAGCAGCCAGUGCCGCGCCUGAUAUGGGAAUAGUACCGCCACCGCGACAACAUCGUCCAACAGUUAGUCUAAACAAAUCGACGACGGUGAAUGUGGUCACGCCGUCAGAAGAAUCAUUGCAACAGCAAUUUAAUGCAAUGAAUCUUUCUGUCUACACAUUUGCAAGCAACUUCUGUAUGUUUAACCCGACGUUGGACACCACGUGCUCGUCGAUGGCCAGCAAGGAUUCAAAACGCAAGAGGCGUUGGAACUUUUUGUCACGUAGCAAAACACCCGAUAAACAGAAGUCAGCCACAUUGGGCAGGGAAAAGGCUGCAACGGUUGGUAACCACGCCAAGCUGGCAGCUAAACUGAAGAUGGCUCAAGAUGAUCUUAACCUUUUACAUCGUUGGUCCACGGAAGACAACAAGUCGCAGCCCAUAUUCGGGGGAUAUUCCAAGGACAAGCUGUGUCAAAUACUAGAUGAAAAGCUAAGUGACUCACAGUUGUUCAUGGAGUUUGAACGCAUACCAAAACGACGGGAGCAUGCUUUGUACGAAUGCGCCCUACUAGAGGAGAACAUGCAGAAGAAUCACGAGCCAAAUUGUUUACCCUAUGAUGACAAUAGAGUGCGAUUAACGCCAUCAAUGGACAAUCGCCAUGGUUAUGUGAAUGCCUCCUAUAUAUCUACCACAGUGGGCACAAAGCAACGGUUUUACAUUGUGGCACAAUCCCCGCAAGAGUCGUUUACCAUAAGCAUAUUCUGGCAGUGUGUGUGGGAGGCCGAUGUGUAUUUAGUGGUUCAGCUAACCGAGGAUAUGAGCUAUAUUCCACUAAGCAGUCAGCAGAGUCUGGAAUUUGGUCAGUGGUGGUUUAAACAUCAAAAGCCAACUCAAAGCUGUGCUAGCAUGCCGUAAACUCCACCCCGUCCCACCUUCCCCGGCGGUACAGCCAUUGGGUAUUCCUUCGCAGGGGGGGAAUGCACUUAGAGGUCGUUAGGAUUCUAUCCUAUUCGAAUUUCGCAGUCUUUCUGCGAUGCGCAGUUUUUUGAGAAAUAUUAUUUCUGAUCUAAGCAUUAUUUCUACCAAGUUACAGACAGCUGUCAUCCUCCAAACCCUUAUGUUCACAUCUCGUCAGUCAUUGUUAAAUUUCGGACCGACUAAAAAAAUAUGUGUUCUUCGUCUUUAUGAUCCGAAUCGCAGAGUGGGAGUGCUGAUAACGUUCAUGAUUAUAGUAAACAUAUUCAGAUAGUAUUUGGGAUAUCCAUGUCCUGUUAUCAGUUGCGUUAAAUAAACGUGCACAUGUCCAUGUCCAUCCAUCCGUUUCAGCUAUCUCUGCAGUUCGGGAAUAAGUUUAUACGUCCAUCGUCCUUUCCUACUAUUUACCCACCUCUCUUGCCAUUUAGCAAUGGUAAGUUUUCUGCAUUUUUGGCGUAGGGAUUCAGCAGUUGCGACCCCUGCGCUACCUUGGUGGAUAUACGCUGACACCACUGCUAACAGGUCAAUCGGUAUGACUCCCGAUAUUACCAGCGCUGCGUCAUGGUAUACCGUGCGGAAUGCACAGCAAACCCUCAGGGCACACAAUCUCUGUACAGAAUCGCCAUCUUGCAUAUAACUUUCAUUUCUUGUGGCUCGGUCCCGUUGCAGAUUCUUUCAGCGUCUGGGAGUUUCUUGGCCGUAACUACUAUGGCUAUUUUAAGAGAUUUAUUCCGGAUUCCAUCUGGUCCCGGUGCCUUGUCGUUCUUUAUUGUUUUUAGUACUCCGAGGACUUCUUCAGGGCUUGUUAGCUUUAUGCUUCUCGUGUUCACGAUAUGUGAGGUUGGCGCCAUACUCUCUUCUUUAUCCUUCGCAAUGUUGGUAGGUACAGGGUAGAAGUAUGUAUGUGAUGCAGAGGCAGGUGCCGAGGCUACCCUUAGCACGUUGCUGCCCACCAGGCUAAAAGACCAACAAGAUCGGAACGCGACUGCCGGAAAAAAAAAGAGGACAGGAGUGGACGCACAAACUGCCUCGCUUGUGCAAAGCAUCGCAUUGCGGCCGUACCGAGCAACCAUGUCAGCUAUGCCUAAUUAAUGUAUAUGUAUAUAUUGUCCGUUAGAUUGAAAAAAUGUAAUAUGUUAUAUGUAAUGACAUACUUUCUUUUAUUUUAUUGUGUGUGUAAUUCGGUUUUUUAGUGGUGAUUGUCCGCUUGUAGUCGUUGUGGUUUGUAGUUGUUAGUAAAUGUUUACUUUUUUAAAAUAUAGAAGUGAUUUAAGUUUGCAGAUUUUUUUCUAGAUCUAGAUUGAUUUCGAAUACCUCUUUCAAGGAAAAUCAAAACUGCUUUUCGUUAAAUGGAACAACUUAAAAUCUCUUGUAUUUUAAGUGUCAUAUUUAUAACGAAACUGCCACGAACAAAUGAUUUCAUCAUGCCCCCCAUUGUUGGUGAGUGGACACAUUCACAGUCUUUGGACCAUCCGCCGACAAAACCACCGGAUCUGAUGGUAGGGUAGCGGUCCCUGGCAGGCGCUCAAUAAAUUCGCGCAAACUGUAGCCUUUAUGGUAAAAAUGUUGAACUAAAAUUUAUUUGUCUUGUCAAUACCUAUCGCUUGAGCUUAUAGUUUUGAGUUCUAGAAAUAAAGUGUAAAAUGAAA